AUGGCAACUCUGCGUCAGUAUAUCGGUCUGCGAGACGCUGUCAAGGCAGAUCUGGCCAAAACCCACUCCUACGACAGCUCUUCAGGCACCUCCACCUCCGAUGAAAAGGAAUUGCCCCUCGUAUUUGGGGUUCAGAUUUCACGCCCCUCUGAGCAGGACGGCUCAGUCACUUUCCUCGUCGGCUGGGCAGACGGCGACCCUCACAAUCCCCAGAAUUGGAGCCGCUCCAAGAAAUGGUUCUGCACCGCGGCCAUCUGUUUGAUUGCAUUGGCCAUCAGUAUUCCCGGAACCAUCGAUGCCCCGGUCUCUGAUGCCUUCAACCAACACUAUCGCGUUGGUCCAAUUGCUGGGUCCAUGACCACCGGCAUGUAUCUCAUCGGGGUGGGCGUAGGCUCGCUGUUUGCCGGCCCCAUUUCGGAAACCUUUGGACGCAACUUCGUCUACUUCACCAAUCUGGUGGUCUUCAUGUUGUUCAUCCUGGCCAAGGCACUCGCCCCCAACUAUGGCGCUGCCAUUGUUUUUCGCUUCCUCACCGGCUUCUUUGGGGCUGCUCCGAUGACGGUUGCUGGUGGCACGGUGGGUGAUCUUUGGAGUCCGCUCGAACUCACCUUUAGCCUACCAUCGGUGACUCUGGCGUCAUAUUCCGGGCCCAUUCUUGGCCCUAUCAUCGGUGCCUACAUUCCCAAAUCAGCCUUCAACUGGACCGAUUGGAUCUCCCUCAUCAUCGCCGGGGCCGUGUUUAUCUUUGUGGCUAUAUUCCAACCAGAAACCUACGGCCCAUUGCUGCUGCAAUGGAAGGCCAAGCACCUGCGGGAUCAGACGGGAGACUCCCGCUACCAGGUUGACGAGCAGACCACCAGCUCUCUCGGUAGUCGUCUCCUCGUGAACGUCUACCGCCCUUUCCAGAUGACCUACACUGAGCCCAUUAUCCUGGUCUUUUCAUUCUACCUGGUCCUUCUGUACAUUGUCUUGUUCACCUUUCUCAACGGGUUCCCUUUCAUUUUCACCGACACAUACGGGAUCUCCACAUCGCUCACCUACAUCAUCUUCGUGGCCAUGCUUGCUGGAGAUGCCAUUGCCCUCAUGCUCGUUCCAAUCAUCUACCGCUGGACCAAGCAGGCAGCUGCCAAGGCCGCAGCGGAGGGGGGAGUCUUACAGGCAGAGGUAUCUUUGUAUUGGGGGAUGGUCGGGGGCUCCAUUCUCAUGCCGAUCUCGUUGUUUUGGAUGGGCUGGACUUGCUAUCCCGGAGUCAGCAUCUGGUCUCCGAUUCUCAGCACGUUCUUCUUUGGCUACUCUCUGGUCACCAUCUUCACUGCGACGUAUUUGUAUAUCUGUUUCGUCUACACGGUCUACGCCGGCUCGGCGCUCUCCUUCAUGACAUUCAGCCGGUAUGUCAUUUCCGGGGCGUUGCUGCCGGCAUCUGUCCCAAUGUAUCAACACAUGACUCCGCACUGGGUCCUCACCAUGGUCGGUAUCCUGGCUACGAUUAUGGCCCCGUUGCCAUUCUUGCUGUACCGUUACGGCCAGCGGAUCCGAGCCAUGAGCAAGCAUGUUCAGAACAAGGCUUGAGCAGCGAUGAAUGAACGAUAGAUAUAGAGUGGAGACUUGCGUGCAGUUGCCUCCUAUCUAUGAUAAUGUGAUAGGGCUAAUUUUGGGUUAAUUGGUUACAAAGUGCUGUUGAUGUACAAGUCAAGAGAUAGACUUAAUAUUCAAUUUAUC